AUGGCUGAGGAAGAAGAUGAUUCGGACGACUAUGAUGAAGAUGGUCACUCUAAAAGCGAGUACGUCCGAUCUUGGCUCGAAAAUUCCGUAGCCAAGCAAAAGCCAACUCAUGGCGUCGCCACCGGAGGGGAGGUCCCACUAAAGAAAACCGUCACAAGGCCACCCCCGGAGGUUGUCGACCUCAGUGAGCCGCAAAAGAAGCUCACAAACCAUGGUUCGAAGGUUGAUGAAGAAAGGGGGCUCCUACCAAUCGUAUCAGAGCCCACCUACCAGGAUCACGAUCCGGAAGAUGUAACCAAGAAUCCUGUGCCACUAAAAAUUAGCCAGGACUCGAAGGUUGAUGAAGACAGGGAGCUCCUACCAGCUGUAUCAGAGCUCACCUACCAGGAUCCCUAUCCGGCAGAUGUAACGAAGAAUCCCCUGCCAACGAAGCCUAACCAGGCAUCUGUCAUAAAUGAAGACAGAGGGCUCCAACCAUUUAUAUCGGAGCUCACAUCCGCUAUAGCCGCACUCGCUGACAAACCAAAACCAGAGAGUGUAUCGUCGCAUACUUUCGCAGCGUCGAAAGCUAUAAUGACACUGCCGUGCUUUAGCGGAGCACAUACCGAAUGGCUAUCGUUCCGUGCCAUUUAUGAAACAACCCGAGGCUACUUCAAAGAUAUCGAAAAUACUGCAAGACUACGAAGAAGUCUACAGGGAAGAGCCUUGGAGACAGUUAGUUCAGAACUCAUCGGGCAUGCUAAGCCGGAUGAGAUCAUGCGAGAACUGGAGCUACAAUUUGGGCGUCCAGACUCAAUUGCACAAGCUGAAACCGAGAAGUUACGAGGAUUGCCACGCUGUACAGAAGCGCCUAGAGAUAUUUGCACAUUCGCAAGCAAAGUGAGGGGAAGCGUCGUCACUCUACGGGCACUCAAACGAGACCAUUAUCUCAUCAACGCAGAGCUGCUACGACACCUCACAGAUAAAUUGCCCAAUUCUAUACGGGCACAGUGGUAUAAAGUUUAUACCGAAAAAUACGACUCUAGGCCAGACCUCGGUUCCUUCAGCGAGUUUAUCACCGAACAAGCUCGCUUCUGUAGUGCAUUUGCGCCUCCCGAAAUCAUAAACGGGGCGCAGAACAAUCGUUCAAUACACAGAACGCACACGGCAACAACUAAGCCGUCUCCAAAAUGCAGUGUGUGCCAAAAGGAGGGUCAUUACGGAUCCGACUGCAGAAAAUUUAAAGAAGCAGAUAUCGAUAAAAAAUGGGAAAUUGCAAAACAAAGCAAUUUAUGUUUCCGCUGCUUACGAUACAGAAAUCAAACACAUAAAUGUAAAAUCAAUAAGUGUGGUAUAAAAGGAUGCACCGCGACACAUAAUAGGCUUCUCCACCGCAAUAAAAAGGAGAAAACGGAGGUCACACAAAUAGAACCUCAGGAAACAGUUGCAAAUUCAUUCGCCGUGUCAAAGCAUCACGCCUAUUUAAAAAUAAUACCAGUCCGAGUAAUUGGACCGGCGGGAGCUGUAAAUACACACGCCCUGCUGGAUGAUGGGUCAACAGUCUCAUUAAUGGAUGAGGAAAUAGCCAAACAAAUUGGAGCAACAGGGCGGUUGGACCCCUUUAAGAUCACCGCCAUCGGGAACAAUACCCUCGAUUCGCCGAACUCCCGAAGAGUCAAGGUUUCACUGAAGAGUCUCCAAAGGAAAAGGGUGCCAUUCAGAGCACGCACGGUCGCCAGCCUAAAUUUGGGGCCACAGACUGUGUGUGCAACAGAUAUAGAAAAUUGUAGACAUUUAAAAGACCUGAAGGAGCAAUUAAUAUAUGACUCCGGCAAUCCAAAGAUCUUAAUAGGACAAGAUAAUUGGAGACUCCUGAUAGCCACUAAAAUUCGCAGAGGUCCGCCGCACCAACCAAUCGCCUCGCUCACAGAAUUAGGAUGGGUGCUACACGGGGCACACACUAAAGCCCCGUAUCAGCGCGUCCACGCGGCCAAUGAGCUGCACACGAGCGAGGAAACCAUAAAUGAUCAUAGUAAAAUGGAUGACUGGCGCUGGGUACCUACCAAAUCAAACAUAGCUGACACCGCUACGAGGGACGUACCACCUAACUUCGACUCGAACCACGAGUGGUACAACGGCCCAUCAUUUCUUUACAAAGAACCGUCAGCAUGGCCGACCGAAAGACCCACGUCAUCCGAACCCACCGGUGAGGAAAAAUGCCUCACCAUUACAGAAUCACAUAGAGCCUCGGUAAUAAGAGAAGCCAUCCCAAAUCCAGCAAAGUUUUCGAAAUGGGAACGCUUAUUGCGAGCGACGGCCAGAGUGCUUCAAUUUAUUACACUCUGCCGUAAAACAACAGACAGGACCUUCUACAAAAGGACUAAUAGGAAUGAAGAAAAAGAUCCCGACUGGAGGAAAGCGAAAACUAAUCCGCAACACCGCACACAGUCCUCCAGUCUAAGAAAAACCGCAGAUGUCAAAAGGCACAUCACACUCGAGGCCGAAUUCAUCAGAGAGGCCGAAAGGCUCCUAAUACGCGUCAUACAAGGGGACUCCUUCAGACAAGAAAUAGACGAUCUCCGUAACGAUAAAAAGGUCGCCCAUGAUAGCCGCCUAAGACCACUACAGAUAGAAUUAAAAGACGGGAUCAUCGCGCUGCGAAGUCGCAUAGCCGCCGCGAAGGGAGUCUCUAAAGAUAUGAAAGGUCCGGCUAUAUUGGAUGGUGAUCAUUACAUCACCCAAUUGUACAUAGACUGGACGCAUCGUAGCCUACAUCAUUGCGGAACCGAACCUACAAUUAACGAGGUUCGACAACAUUACUGGGUUAUAAGACUUAGACCCACAACGAAACGAAUAGUGAGCCAAUGCGUACCAUGUCGCAUCAGAAAGGCGCAACCAUCUGUGCCAGCCACCGGUGAUCAUCCCAGCACACGUCUCGCUCAUCACCAGAGACCGUUUACUUUCACCGGUCUGGACUAUUUUGGGCCACUCUCCGUCACAGUGGGACGGCAACAUCAGAAAAGAUACGUGGCUCUCUUCACCUGCCUCACAUCUAGAGCUGUCCAUUUGGAAAUUGUUGCAAAUCUCAGCGCAGACUCCGCAAUAUUAGCUUUGAGACGAUUUGCAGCGCGCCGAGGGUGCCCCACCGAAAUUCAUUCAGAUAACGGCACCAACAUGCACGGCGCAGAUAAGGAACUUCGGGAGGCUUUUAAAGAAGAAGCCAGCCGACGAGGCAUAGUGUGGCGUUUUAUAACCCCCUCCGCGCCUUUCAUGGGAGGGGUAUGGGAACGUCUCGUACGAUGCGUGAAGACGGCACUAUACACCGUCCUUCACGAAAGACAUCCACAUGAAGAAGUCUUAGCCACGCUGCUCUGCGAGGUGGAGUAUACAGUAAACAGUAGACCAUUAACUCACAUCUCCGUGGACAGCAACGACAACGAAUCCAUCACUCCAAACCAAUUCCUCUUGGGAGGAUCUGCGAGACUGCCGACACCUGGAGUAUUUAAUGAAAAGGACAUAAAUAGCAAAAGGCACUGGCGACGCUCUCAGAUACUCGCUGAUAUGUUCUGGCAGCGUUGGGUCAAAGAAUAUCUACCGGAACUUCAAAACCGGCGGGAGGCCCAUGGUCGAGGCCCCGAUCUCCAGGUGGGCGAUCCAGUCCUCAUUGCUGACGGCCAGUUACCUCGUAACACCUGGCCACGAGGAAGGAUUGAAACUGUGUACCACGGUGCGGACGGACAGAUCCGCACUGUGCAGGUACGCACCAUAAACGGCCUAAUCAAGAGGCCAACCAGGAAACUCGUGCCGCUGCCGAAGUAG